GUGUCGUUUGUUGAUGACGUCAGAGUUAUGGCUGCUCUCACGGUGCCGUGCAGAGCUUGUGCGUUUCUCCGCUAAAGAACAUUUAGGAAAUCGUCAAAGAUUUCGGUUAUAUAUCGCAUCUGAGGGAGAGAGACCGCGUAACUCCCAACAUCGAGACCGUGUCUCCAAAGACGCUGUGGUUUGAAAGGUGACCGAAUGUGUUUUAAGCGUUCUCAGGGUUUUUUUUUUCCUGUUUUCUUUUUUUUUGUGAAAGUGCGCUUUAUUGUUGUGGGUAAUGAAGCUGACCAGUUUGGAUCAGAGAAGCUCAGCUCCUGCGCGGCAGAAAGACGCAAACACCGCUACUAACGCGAAAGAGUUUCUCUUCGGUUACUUAAUAAACAUAAUAUGAAGUUAGUUUUUUGCUUAUUGUCCAUGUUAUCGUCCGUAAUAAAGUGCGGGCCGCGUUCGGGCCUGCUGGUGCGGGCUAGCCAGCUAAGCUACUUCACCGCCAGAGAAACGACAGACGGCUCCUCAUUGGCAAAUAUGCUAGCUAAGCUAGCCAGCUAGUCGGCUAGCUUGAAAAUUGACGUUUUGGUCGUCCAUCUCAUGUCACUUGCCAUAAAACCUAGCAGGUUGUUUACUGAUGGACACCCCCGAAAGCCCCACUCAGUCUCCACAAUCCCCUGAUGAGGAGGAAAAGGGCUUCUCUGAAAGUGAGCUUCUGGAGUCACCGGAGUCCCCUACAGAGGAAGGUAAUGGGGUUUCUGAUAGCGAGUUACUGAAUGAUGAUGAAGUAGAUGCAGACUCAGAUUUUGAUGAUGAAGAGCAGGUCGAGUUAGGUGGUGGGGCUCAAGAGGACAUUUCCGACUUAGAAGAUGACAAAAUGCAUAGAGAUGUAAGGGUCCACAAUCAAGAGAGUGCAAUACGUCGGAGCAGAUCAGCUGAACUGGAAGUAGAGGGCGAGAUCCUGGAGACACCCAGAUCGCCAGACCCUGAUUCCCCAGAGCUAGAUCAUCCGUUCACUCCUGCUGAUGGAGAGCAGGAAGAUAUCAGGCAGGAAGACGAGGAUGAUGGAGGAGAGGUGACCACCAGGUCCAGCUUGAGUCGUCAAGAGCUGGAUGAAGAAGAUGAUGAUGAGGAGGAAAGGAGACGGAGGAGGCUAAUGGUAGUCAGCGAUUUGAAGGAUUCGCCCUCCGUGUCUAGAGAUUUGGAUGAGCACGAGCUUGACUAUGACGAGGAAGUGUCUGAGGAGCCUAGCACAGCCGCAGCAGAGGAAGAGGACACAGAGAAGGGUCCUGCCAUAGAGGAUGGUGAUGAAGAUGAGGAGGAAAAAGAGGAGGAGAAGAAGAGAAAGAAGGAAAGGAAACUGAUCUUGCCCCCUGAUACUCAGGCUAAAACAUCUGAAGAGUCAAGAGGCCAAGAGAGGGGUAGGAGGGAUUCUUUUCGUGAUAAAAAGAAAGACGAAGAUGAUGGCGAGAUUGAUGAAGGAGAGAUUGAUGAUGAUGAUCUUGAGGAAGGUGAAGUAAAGGACCCCACAGACAGAAAAAUCCGACCCAGACCUAUCUGCAGGUUCUUUAUGAAAGGUAACUGCACUUGGGGCAUGAUCUGUAGAUUUAUCCAUCCAGGAGUCAAUGACAAAGGCAACUACUCUCUCAUCUCUAAGCCAGACCCUUUCUCUCCAAAUGGAGCUCCUCCUGGAGCUGGGGGCCCUCACCCACUCAUGCCCUCCAACCCUUGGACUGGUCUUCCUGUAGAGGAGUUGCCUCCUCCUCCACCACCUGCAGAGCCUCCAGUGGAGAGUGCCUGGGAAAGAGGUCUCCGACAUGCCAAAGAGGUAUUAAAGAAAGCCACAAUACGCAAAGAACAGGAGCCUGACUUUGAAGAAAAACGGUUCAAUGUCACCAUUGGUGAAGAUGAAUGGGAAUUUGACAAAGAAAACGACUUCUUCAGGGAACGAGGCUAUCGCAUUACCAGGGAAAUCAGAGAUCCUGGUGAAGUGGACUUCAGAGACCCAGCAUAUAGUGAUCCAUAUGUUGAUCCUUAUUAUGACUAUGAAAUGGAGGCUUUCUGGAGAGGUGGCCAAUAUGAGAACUUCAGAGUUCAGUACACAGAGACCCCACUGCCAUAUCACUACAAUGAUCGAGAGCGAGAUCCUCGUGAGCGGCACAGAGAGCGGGAACGUGAGCGUGAGAGAGAUCACCGCGAGCGAGAGCGUAGACAGAGGGAGCGCGAAAGGGAGCGAGAGCGGGAGCGUGAAAAAGAGCGGUUGCGCAGAAAGGAAGAGUGGGAGCGAGACCGACUGAAAAGAGAUGAGAAAGAAGGUAGACCUAGAGAACGGACAUUAAGGGAACCACGUGAGAAGAAAGAAGAGAAGGACAAGCCUCUUAAACCACGUUCACCUAUCAGUAUGCCACCCAGAGGGCCAAUGGAGUCACAGCCAAAGAAGGAGACCGUGCCCAUGGUUAAGCGGCCAGAUGAAUGGAAGGACCCUUGGCGCAGGUCAAAGUCUCCGAGGCGAAGACCUGGCCUCAUGGGGUCCCCACCUCGUGGACGCAGGCGGCAUAGGCCCUCUGGGUCAUCUGUGUCGCUCUCUAAUUCGUCACGGUCAUCAUCGCGGUCUUCUUCAUACACAGGUUCCGGUUCUUCACACUCAAGGUCACGAUCACGAUCUUCAUCUCUCAGCUCUUAUUCCACCCACUCCUCCCAACAUAGCUCUUUUACAGGCAGCCGUUCCAGAUCCAGAUCUUUUACGUCAUCACCUUCCCCUACGCCUUCUGGUCAGAGGAACGCUGGCAAGAAUAAAACAGAGCAGCCUCCUGGAGCAAUGAAAGGGCACCUGCUGAAGCCAGGUAUGCUGCCCCCUCCUCGCAGAGACAAGGGCUCCUCCAAGAAGAUGCCCAGUCCCUCAUUGCCGGGCAAACCUUUGAAACCUUUAGCAGAAGGAGUUAAACCUCCCAACAUCCGUGAAGUGGGCAGACCAGCUGCACCUAGAGAACCAGCUAAACCACCCAAUGUGAGGGAGGGCCGUAGAAAAGACAGACAGCCACACGAUCCUCGCAGGAGAACAUUAAGUGGCAGUGUGAGUGGCAGUGGCAGCAGUUUUUCAGGCUCCAGCUCUCGCUCCAGAUCUCGAUCAUCUUCCGCCUCUCUUUCUCACUCUCGGUCUGGAUCCCACAAGUCCAGGUCUCUGACAGUAAGCAGUGUGUCGUCAGUGUCCUCUGCCUCCUCCAGCAGCAGCUCUGUGCGCAGUGCUGAUUCUGAUGAUAUGUAUGCUGACCUAGCCAGCCCUGUGUCCUCAGCUAGCUCCCGGUCACCCACUCCAGGUCACACACGCAAGGAGAAAGUUCUACCACGAGACAGGGAUGCCAAUAAAGAACGAGGAAAGCCCACAAAGAAAGAUGAGACCUUUAAAGAUGAAAGGAAAAGGGUUGAUCAGUCUGGCCUUCCACCAAAGCCUGACCUUGGCAUGGCCAGGUCCGCACCUGGAAACCGAGGGCACCCAAUGAACGCACCACCCAUGAGUUCUGCAGGGGGCUAUGGUUCACAUAAGGACAUCAAACUCACCUUACUUAACAAGCAACAAGCAGACAGAAGCAAUAGAAAAAGGUAUUUCCCUGCAGACAAAGACAGACCAACAUCUCCUCUUAGCAAGAGAAUGGCAUUGUCUCCUGAUCGAGGUCGAGACAGAAGGCCUGGGCGUUCCCCACUCUCACCUAGAAUGGACCGGCCCAGAGGUCAGGGCCCUCGGCCCAUGCCUCCACAGGGAGACAGGAAGCGUCCCCAGUCCCCACCACCUAAGUCUACUGGGAAAGGCCUCACAGCAUCAGCUGGUAAAUCUCCAGCCCCGGUUUCAGGCUCGGGCAAACCCAGCAGCACUCUCUCCCGCCGUGAGGAGUUGCUGAAGCAACUGAAGGCUGUGGAAGAUGCUAUCGCCCGCAAGAGGGCAAAAAUCCCGGGGAAAUAAGGAAUAGGCCAGAAUCUGAUUUCAAGCCAUUAGGCACUGAGGACGUGCAGUCUUCUUUAGAAGUGGAUAAAAUCUGUCAUUGAGUUUAAAAAAAUCACAGACAUCCAAGUAGCUCACAAUGACAACUGCUACAUUAUUCACACAUUUCCCCUCAGCGAGAGGUUGUCUAUUUUAUAUUGAUGUGAUAUUGUAGUAGGGUGACAGUUUACUCUUAAUCUGUUAUUGCAAGAAGAUGGAAGCUUUACUGCAUUGUCAUUGCUGACAAAAAAUGUUCUAUUCAUUUCUUUCUCUGCCUCUGUCUCGCCUAUUUUUGUUCUCGCUCCCUCUUAUUUACUUUUUGUUAAAAAGUCCAUGUCUUGGUCUUUUGAUCCAAGGCUAUAAAUUUCAUCAUCAAGACAGACUGCCUUACUGAGAGUGACUGCUUUUGUGCGCACACCUGCCUAGCUUAGGUUUUGACACUCUGAAGAACUCAAAGUUCCCCGACCCCAUCGUAAUCAUUGAGCUCUCGGCAAUUCUGUAUGUUUUGCAUUUUGACUGUGUUCUGUAUCUGAUCGUGUACAAAUAUUAUAAGCCAGUUGAAGAGAAACACCUCUUAACAUCUAUGAAACUAGAGAACAAAUGACAGUGAUGUGAUGUAUUGCUUUUAUAAGACUACAUUUGUUUGGGUUUUGUUUUUUUGUCCCCUAGGUUUUCACGUAAAAAUGGUAUUUUAUUUUGUUCCUUAUUUUUAGACAAGUGUAGGAGUAUGUCUUUGGGACAUUCUGAGAUAAGGAAUAAUAAUAUCUUGCUUUUUGUGACAGAGAAAGCUUCUAAAUAAACUAUUUUGAUAAAGAGAA